UCUAUUUAUACUCUGAAGACAGUGUCUGUUUGUCAAGAUGGCUCAACCAUACACAGUUAAGGUUCUUGAACACAGCCAUGUUGCUCCGCCAUCGGGCUCCGUAUCCACAACGAUCGUUCCUCUUACUUUGUUCGAUGUGUUAUGGUUUUUUUGUAAUCCCAUACAGCGCAUCUUCUUCUUUGAACUUCCUUACCCUACUUUACAUUUCACAGAAACUAUCCUUCCCCAUCUCAAGCACUCUCUCUCUCUCACUGUUUCUCAUUUCUUCCCCUUGGCCGCCAAACUAACGUGCCCUAUACCGCCCAACAAGCCGUAUCUCCGUUAUAACGAGGGCGACUCUAUUCCCGUUACAGUCGCUGAAUCUGACCUCGAUUUCAACCAUCUUGUAGGCAACCAUGCACGAGAAAACAGAGCUUUUCAGUCUCUUGUCCCAAAUUUGCCAACGGCGAGGUUGUCACCCGAUACCGAGCAAGUGGCGCCUGUUGUGGCUUUGCAGAUUACUGUAUUUCCAAACGCAGGUAUAUCUAUCGGUAUCUCAUUUAACCACGUGGUUGCUGAUGGGAGCAGUAUCAACCAUUUUAUCAAAUCUUGGGCUUCCAUUCAUAGGUCUGGAGGAGAAGCCUUGGCUUCCCUUUCACUACCUUACCACAACAGGUAUGUGGUUAAAGAUCCUGGUGAAGUUGCGUCUACUAACUUGAAGUAUUUAUUAACGUGGGAUUACUCAAUCGAAUCAACACCUUCCGAAGCUGUUCCCCAAGACAAGAUUCGGAUCACUUUGGUUCUAAAUCAAGCUCAAACUGAGAAAUUGAAAGAAUGGAUCAAAACUCAAAGCAGAAAUAAAAAAGACAAGGAACUGGGGCCGAUACGCAUAUCAACAUAUGUGGUAACGUGUGCUUUCAUGUGGGUUAAUUUGAUGAAAUUACAGGAGAAAUUAGAAGAAAGUGAAACUGGCAGCCAUCCUUUCAAUGAUGACAAGCUUUGCCACUUCCUCUCUUUAGCCGACUGCAGAGAGAGAUAUGAACUUGCGGUACCAGCAACAUAUUUUGGAAACUGUCUCGCAUUUUUUUUUGUGUCAGAAAAACGAAGUGAGCUAAUGGGAAAAAAUGGCAUAGCCAUUGCGGCCAAAGCUAUUGCAAAAACGAUUAGUGGAUUGGAGAAAGGACCACUAAUAGGGGCGGAGCAAUGGGCGUCCAAAUCGUGGGAAAUAUUGAAAGUCGGAGAUUUUGUUACGGUUGCUGGCUCGCCAAAAUUACGCGUUUACGAGACUGAUUUCGGGUGGGGCAGACCCAAAAAAAGUGAGGUAGCCCACAUCGGCGCCUAUGGAGCUUUCUCUUUGAGUGAAUGUAGAGAUGAAGAAGGUGGGAUUGAGAUCGGCUUAGUACUCGACCGAAAAAAGCUGGACUUGUACAAGGAAAUUUUUGUGCAAGGCUUAGAAUUAGAACAUCCAUUCAGUUUUGAUUCAUAGUCUUUGAAUGUCCGUUUAAGGUUGUGUCAGCUUACUGGUAAGAACAAGCCGGGAAGGCUUGCCGUUAAAUAAUAUUUCAAUUUCAUUGAGAUAAGUUAUUAUUGAGUCUAUGGGUCUUAUCAGUAAGUUCUUAUUGAGUAAAUCAAAUCAAGGAUUACUGAA